GCUGAGAUUGACCUGCACUUUGAUGGGCUGAGGGACCCAGGGUUUGACGGACAGAUCACAAAAGAGUUCAUCCUGGAAGACGCUCUUCUCUUCCUACUCCCAGCACACAGUGGACAGGCCAGUCUGAAGAGCCCUUCGCACACUGAGACAGACGAUGGACAGAGGGUACUAAACAACUGUGUUUAACUUAAUAAAGCACUCAAUACUGUGAGGGCAAUAACGAUGGACUCUUUUUAACAGUACAAUUUCAGAGAGAAAUGUUAAUAGAUAUCAUAAUUCCAUGGACCCUCACAAUUUGUUUUGUGUGUUUCUGGUCAGUAUGGUGGCUGUGGGGGGACAUACGGUCUCUGUCUACCAGAACACCAGACUCUCCUCCUCCUCCAGUUCCUCCGUCAGCUGAGGACACCAGGGCCAUUUGAACUGGUAAUCAUCUAUUCCACAUUACUCUCUGUUACAGUGCAUUCAGAAAGUAUUCAGACCCCUUCACUUUUUCUACAUUUUCUUAAGUUACAGCCUUAUUCGAAAAUUGAUUAAAUGGUUUUUUCGCCUCAUCAAUCUACACACAAUACCGCAUAAUGACAAAGCACACAGAUUUUUAGAGAUUUUUGCAGAUGUAUAAAAAAAAAAAACUGAAAAUACAUUUACAUAAGUAUUCAGACCCUUUACUCAGUACUUUGUUGAAGCACCUUUGGCAGCGAAUACAGCCUAAAGUAUUCUUGGGUAUGACGCUACAAGCUUGGCACACCUGUAUUUGGGGAGUUUCUCCAAUUCUUCUCUGCCGAUCCUCUCAAGCUCUGUCAGUUUGGGUGGGGAGCGUUGCUGCACAGCUAUUUUCAGGUCUCUCCAGAGAUGUCCGAUCGGGUUCAAGUCCGGGCCACUCAAGGACAUUCAAAGACUUGUCCCAAAGCCACUCCUGCGUUGUCUUGGCUGUGUGCUUAGGGUCGUUGUACUGUUGGAAGGUGAACCUUCGCCCCAGUCUGAGGUCCUGAGCGCUCUGGAGCAGGUUUUCAUCAAGGAUAUCUCUGUACUUUGCUCCGUUCAUCUUUCCCUCGAUCCUGACUAGUCUCCCAGUCCCUGCCGCUGAAAAACAUCCCCACAUCAUAAUGCUGCCACCACCAUGCUUCACCAUAGGGAUGGUAUUGGCCAGGUGAUGAGCGGUGGCAGGCUUCCUCCAGAUGUAACGCUUGGCAUUCAGGCCAAAGAGUUCAAUCUUGGUUUCAUCAGACCAUAGAAUCUUGUUUCUCGUGGUCUAAGAGUCCUUUAGGUGCCUUUUGGCAAACCACAAGGCUGUCAUGUGCCUUUUACUGAGGAGUGGCUUCCGCCUGGCCACUCUACCAUAAAGGCCUGAUUGGUGGAGUGCUGCAAAGAUGGUUGUCCUUCUGGAAGGUUCUCCCAUCUCCACUGAGGAACUCUGGAGCUCUGCCAGAGUGACCAUCGGGUUCUUGGUCACCUCCCUGACCAGGGUCCUUCUCCCCUGAUUGCUCAGUUUGGCCGGGCGGCAAGCUCCAGGAAGAGUCUUGGUGGUUCCAAACUUCUUCCAUUUAAGAAUGAUGGGGGCCACUGUGUUCUUGGGGACCUUCAAUGCUGCAGACAUUUUUUGGUACCCUUCCCCAGAGCUGUGCCUCGACACAAUCCUGUCUCGGAGCUCUACGGACAAUUCCUUCGACCUCGUGACUUGGUUUUUACUCUGACAUGCACUGUCAACUGUGGGACCUAAUAUAGACAGGUGUGUGCCUUUCCAAAUCAUGUCCAAUCAAUUGAAUUUACCACAGGUGGACUCCAAUCAAGUUGUAGAAACAUCUCAAGGAUGAUCAAUGGAAACAGGAUGCACCUGAGCUCAAUUUCGAGUCUCAUAGCAAAGGGUCUGAUUACUUAUGUAAAUAAGGUAUUUCUGUUUUUUAUUUGUAAUACAUUUGCAAACAUUUCUAAAAACUUGUUUUCGCUUUGUCAUUAUGAGGUAUUGUGUGUAGAUUGAUGAGGGAAAACAAUUAUUUAAUCCAUUUUGGAAUAAGGCUGUAACGUAACAAAAUGUGGAAAAGGGGAAGGGGUCUGAAUACUUAACGAAUGCACUGUAUAGAGUAUUACCAGAUUCAUUCUGAAGCAUAAUGUAGUCAUUGAUACAGAACAAUUGCAGUGAUUCCAGAUUGUAAUCAUGUUAUUUAGAGUGUAUGUAUUCCCAGUAACUGAAAACCUGUCUAUAUCCAGCUUUAUCCCGCAGCUUCUCCGGAGCGUUCUCCUAUCCAAGACUUUCUGUUUCGAUCGUUCCCUAGAGCAGAGGAGUCUGGGAGUGGGCUGCAUUUCUCAGCAUUGUUGGACAGAGUCUGUUCUCAUUAUACAGAGCAGAGGAACCAGACUUACAGGUGAGCACAAGUGUGCACACACACACACACACACGUCAAUCAGUUCACAUGAGGUUCUGUUACCUUGCUCUAUCCCCUUGGUGUUGUCUUACUCUCCAUAUAUUUGGAAAGGAUUUACCAAACAAUUGAACAGAAAAAUGACUGGGCUGGGGGUCAUAAAGCUUGGCUGAAUUAAGGAUGGUUUUCGUUCCCCAACCUCCCCUAAGCAUCCCUUCAUUAAGCCCCAGGCACAUGUACGUUAGUCUGGCUGUAGCAGGAGAGAGGAGCUUCAGGCCCAAUCCACUCAGACUGGAACAGAACUAGGUUAAAUCCCUGCUUAGCUGGGUGCUGGCUCCACUGGCGGACCCCAUCUGGCUUCCCAUCCUUCUCAGGCCUGUGGCACGGAGCUGGGCUGCUGCCACUCAGAACACAGCCUCCCUCUGCCUUUGGGCUGGGUGGACUUCUGGGGCUGAGCACGGAGCUAGGAGCUAGGAGCAUGUAGCACGCUCACAGGCAGGGAACCAGGCGGAAUUAUGAGGAUGAUGGGAGGAAAGAGAGGGAGGUAGUGGAGGAAUGGGUAUGGUAAGGGGUAGAGGGGUUGGUGAUGGAAGGGUUUGGAAGAGGAAUGGAAGGGGAACAGGGUGCUGGAUGUGGGAAGUGGAGGAAACGGGGGUGGAAGAGAAGAAAAGGGAGAGGGUAUCAGGCUAGAGAAAGAAGGAGGGAGGAUACGUGUCUGGAGAACAGCCAGUAUAGUUUACUGUGAUUGGAUGACGGUUAUAACAAGUGUUGAUAAUCUCCUCUGGACCUCAUAUAGGCCAGAAGGGAACCAAUUGGAAUGUUGACGCUGGCCAGGAAAGUGUGUGUGUGUGUGUGUGUGUUUGUGUGUGUGUGUGUCUUUGAUCACCAUAUGUGCAUUUUUCCUAUCCAUAUUUCUGAAUUUGUGCAGUUGGUUUGUGUGAGACUUAUAAGUCUAUCAAGAAUGUGCUUGAUAGACUUAUAAAAAUGUCAUUUUAUUAGAGGGAUAAAGUUUGUCAUCGCUCUUUUGUUGUUUUUAUUGCAGGGAAAGUCCUCAGAAUGAUUGAGGGGAUGUUCCCAUUAUUCCCUGUUCCAAUGGGACAUUUAUUUUCUAAAUAAUGACAGUCUUCUAUGUUUCCCAUAGGACCGAUGAGGCAGAGACACAGACUGGGUGGGACCAACACUCAAGCUCCCAGGACAUCCCUGGAGACAGAGGUGAGGCGCUGCUCAGGUGUCUGCUAAUUGGCUGGCUCUGGAGCACCUCCCAACAGGAUGUUUAGAAAUGGAUUGGAAUUAGAAUGCUGUAUAUCUCAAUGGUUUGAAGUGUGGCGCACCAGAGCUCCACACGGGGAGGUUUACAUGUAUUUUUGUAGAGCAAAACUACACCGUGCACAGACCCUCUCGCGCACCCAAUGUCUUCGAUAUACAGUACCAGUCAAAAGUUUAAUGAAAAGGGUGUGCAAAGCUGUCAUCAAGGCAAAGGGUGGCUAUUUGAAGAAUCUCAAAUAUAAAAUAUAUUUUGAUUUGUUUAACACUUUUUUGGUUACUAAAUGAUUCCAUAUGUGUUAUUUCAUAGUUUUGAUGUCUUCACUAUUAUUCUACAAUGUAAAAAAUAGUAAAAAUUAAGAAAAACCCUUGAAUGAGUAGGUGUUUCCAAACUUUUGACUGGUACUGUAUAUCGAAGACAUUGGGUGCGCGAGAGGGUCUGUGCACAGUGUAGUUUUGCUCUACAAAAAGACACGUAAACCUCCCUGUGUGGAGUUCUGGUGAACUCAGAGCGCCACACUUCAAACCAUUAAGAUAUACAGCAUUCUAAUUCCAAUCCAUUCCUAAACAUCCUGUUGGUGAGGCGCUCCCGAGCCAGCCAAUUAGCUGAGAAAAUAGUAAAAAUAAAGAGAAACCCUUGAAUGAGUAGGUGUGUCCAAACUUUUGACUGGUAGUGUAUGUCGAGUUUCCUUGUAGGCCUAUUUGGCAGGGAAACUGUGAAGCCAGCAUUAUAGCCUAUUUCUGUUUGAGUCUUUUAUUAAAGAAUGUGAAACAAUGUUGUUUCUGUUUGAUCCUUGUUAGUACAUCAUGCAUAGCUUUUCUUUAUAUGGCCUAAAAUAAAUGUGUUCAUAUGGGCAGAAUAUUAUUUAUAGGGUAUAGCAUACCGAAUUUUGAUCAGUUAUGAAAAUAAAACAUUGAAUGCAGAAAAAAUGUAUCUGAUAAAAGGCAGACAUUUCAAUUAAAAAAGACUGGAUGGAUGGCUUUGAUAGGCCAGCAGUCGAAUUGCAAGUCGUUCAUGUGCUAAAAUCAAAUUAUUCUGCAUAAAAGGAUCUUGCACUGCUAUCCUCAGGAUUCAUUAUUCUCAGAGGAGUAGAACAAGCAAUGGAACCCGAAUUUAUCCUCUGUGUGUGGAGAAAAUAUCCUGGCGCAUGAAGGCUACACCUACAGACUGUAACGACAGACCGCCAAUAAGUCCUUCUGGGAGUGCACCGAAUAUGAUGUUUUCGAAUGCCGAGGUUGCAUAACCCUCACUGACGGGGUUAUCUCCUAGUUAACCAACCAAUUUUCAUACAUAGGACGCGACAAUUGAUAACCUUUCAGACAAUUUUGUUGUGCAGCAUCAGAAGCAUCUGUACCUUUUCAGGCAGUAUAAUUCUGCUCCGGCAUAGAAUGUUCGGUAUUGUUUCCCUGACAACAAUAAACAAUGCUGAUUAAUGUGCUGUUUUGUUGUUUUUCUGCAGGUUUUUUUUUAUGGUAGGGUAGAUGUGUUUUCUUUCUACUAAAAGUCAUUGAAUUUACCGAACUUCGAAGUACUUUUUAGGAGUGGGUUGUCUGCGCGCAGGCAGCAGACAGGCAGGCUGCUUGCAGACAGCUCGAGAUCAUUUCAUUGACCGUUUUGGUUGCCUAGUGAUGGACUUUAGCCAUGCUUCAGAAGCGGCAUUUCGUUACCGGCAAGUUAAAUGCCCAUUCAGUGGCGCUUCGAAACUAUCUCCAGAGAAGGUUUCGUGGCGGCAUUUAAAAAGCCAUAGUGUACCCUUUCAGACAAACAAAUGCUGGCUGGAGCUGAGGCGCUUUCAAGGCGCCACACUUUAUAUACCAUAUUAACGAAUUUAUAUAGGCCUAGGCUACAAUAUUCAGCCCAUAUGAACAACAUUUAUUUUAGGCCAUAACAAAAUGUGUAGCCAUACACGAUUUAAUGAAAAGCAGUAAACAUACACCUUUAAUAAGAUUCAUGAACACAAUCAUGCAAUAGUUAACAUACACAACAUUGUUUCACUUUCUUUAAUAACAGACUCAUAAACACAAUCAUGCAAUAGGCUACAGCUGACUUCACAGCUUCACCCGCGCUUCACAGCUUCCCUGGGAAACUCGAUGUAUUGUAGCCUCACAAGGACGAAAGAGCAGAGAAGGAGUUCCCUUCUGCUGCAGUGUUCACGGUAAAAUAUGUCGCCUUGUGGCGGUGCUUCAGGCUGGGAGGUUUGGUAGGUGGACCUGCUGUGCCCCCUGCAUCUGCAGACUGCUUGAGGUUGGCACACACCAGAGUAAAUUGCCUCCACAGAAAGAGAGCAUUCUCUGGGCUUGUGCUCAACACUUGUGGACCUCAGGGUAUCAUUAUUAACAUUGCUCUAUGUGUGUGUUAACAUUUUUCCUCCCAUUACAUAAGUGUGUGUGUGUGUUGAUGUGAAUGUCUUUAACUUUAAUCCAUUUGAAUGGGGAUAAUAAGCGCGUACACACACACACACACACAUACACCAAGCAGGCAUGCUUUAGAUAACUAUCUUUGUUCUUUGAUGCUCUGUCUGAUGGAUAAAUGUGUAACAGCAUUCUGAAUAUCUUUGGGCUCAGACACACCAAUAACUUUUGCUGGCUGAGAGUAUUUAACACCUCUGAAUGUAAUUUGUGAAGGGAGUGCGCACUGAUUUUACGUGUACAAUCGCAUGAAAAAUACAGCAGGGUUUGCGUUAAAACACAGUGUGCUGAGCGAUCGGCAGAUGAACGAUAGAUCCACAUACGGUGUGACGUGUGCAAGCCUUUUUAUCUGUAUAUAAUCCAUUCUCUCUCUCUCUCUUUCUCCCUGUGGUGUGUAUCAGAGCGUUGUGUGGACCCCCACCUCAGACAGCUGUACACAGACCCCCCUCUGACUCUUAGCCCCCCCUUCAGUCCCUGGGUGAAGGACUACCAUGCUGAGGUCCCCUUUGAUGUGGUGACCCUACGCCUCCGCCCCGAGCCCAUCAGCCCAGUCUGUCACAUACACCUGGACGAGCACAGAGGACCUAGGUGAGACCCUCCCAGCCAUGACCUUUCACCCUGUGAGUCACAAGCUGGGCUUUCAAAUGUAUCCUGGGUCACGUUCAGUGAGAUGGUAGGUGUUAGCAGUAAUAUAGUUAGAUCUCCAACUAGCCCUUUUGAUCUUGUCCCAUAUUGCUUACACCUGCCCAGUCUUCAGGUCUAAAAUAUAGACGUAAGUUAGUUAUGGCAUCUGAAUUCUGGAAAUGUGUGUAUUCAGUCCAGUGUUUUGAUCACUCUGUGUGAUUGUCGAACUCUGUUUCUUAUGUCCGCAGCUUUGAUUUCAGCAGCCAAUCCCUGAUUAGCAUCCAUUAGACUCAGUAGCACUGGGGUCAGAGGAUUGACCUCUGACAGACACAGACACACACAUAUAGCGCUAAACGUGACAUUUAGGAAUUAAUCUAAACUCUCCCUCAGCCCCCUACCCUAUCUCUCACCAUCCUGUGUGUGUGUGUUUUCAUCUCUCUGUUCUCUGUGUGUGUGUGUGUGUGUGUGUGUGUGUGUUUGUGUGUGUGUGUGUGUGUGUGUGUGCUUGUGCUUAUGUGUGUUUCAUCUCCCUGGACCUUGUUUCUGAGAUGCUCUGCUUCUGUUUUUCCACAGAACGGCAAACUACCCGGUCGGCCUGGGCAACAGCAUAAUCAACAUUCUAGUGACGGACGAGUCGGCCGCCACAGAGCCCGAGCCUGUCGUCAUGACAAUAUACACUCUGCACAUGUACCGCGAGAGCCGGCCCAGCCUGCCCAUGUUUGGAGAGCAUGUGAUGUGUGGCUUCGUGCAGGUACGUGGUGUGGGCAGGGCAUUUCUACACGCUUGUAACUCACUACCAAACACUCACAGAUGGACAAGCACUGUCAGAGACCUGGGCCUGUAUUCACAAAGUCUCAGAGUAGGAGUGCUGAUAGAGGAUCAGUGUUUAGUUUUAGAUUAUAAUGAAUAACUGUAUAUGGAUAGGGGGGACCUGAUCCUAGAUUAGCACUCUAAAAUGUGUUGUUUUCUCCAUUAUGAGUAAAACAAGGUAAAAUGUAAGGUUAGUGGGAGUUCAUGUUCCCCAUCAAGUUAACCAAGAGUGACUUCCUGUCUGGGGUUCACUGACUUUACCUGGAGGACCACAUCAGAGGAACACAAAAUACUAUUUCCCUAUUCCCCUUACCAUAUUCAAAUGACACGCACUAUUUACUUUUACAGAGCCAUGGUUUCAAUUCUCAGAGCAUGGGAAGUGUUUCCUUUUAUGAGCAAUGUUGGUCUGGCACCCAACACAAGUUUCAUAGCAUGUAAACAAAGGAAAAUCAAUUCAUUCGUUUGAGAAGGAACGGUGCGGUUCCUUCGUUUUUACAGCGUUUGUCAUGUCGGUGGUUGGGUUUCGCAGAGGGAGCCUUCGCGGCUGGUUCCUGUAAAGUUUAGUGUCGGUUACGGCCGCGAAUGGUGUCGAGAGGCGGUGGAGCAGCAGCCGUUUCGAGAUACGGUUGGUUAAUAUUUCGGAGCCAGGAUUUUCCAGAUUACAGUUGGAAUGUGGAGGGGCGGGGGUGGUAAAGGGAUUGAGAGGGUCUGAUGUUCCCAUGAGAUCCUGUGUCAAGGGCUAUAUUUGAGCUUUCACACCCCAGUAAGAGUUUGGUUUGGGACGUGGUCCGGGACGCUCUGUCUCCCCCUCACCUGACCCCCCUCACUCCUCUCCAAACCUCCCUCCCUAUCUCCUGAUGCAUCUUGGAUAUGAGGGUGGCGAUGGGGCGGUGUCCUGGGGUGGGGCAGGGUUGAUGGAGCGGACCCUUAGCUGACCAAUCAGUGCAGGGAUAUGAGCCAUUAAGAGGAGGAGCAUUUCUGGAGAUUUCAGAUUUUAGUACAUUACAGGGAUAGGGACAGUGGGGUAAAUUGAGGUCAUUUUUUACAUUCAGGAUCACUCCAUCAAGGGAAAUAUAGUAUUCUUUCUAACAAAGGUAUUUACAUAGAUUUCAGGAUGUUGUGUAUCCCUGGAAAUAAUCGGAAUUUAUGUAAACAUUACAGUUUUGAAAACAGUUUGUCCCCAAAAAGUGGUCUCUUGGCACAACUUAUCGGGUAAAUUAAGCUGCGGGAAAUGGUAAAUUAAGCCGCCUGCAAAUGUCUGUACUGAAUCAAAUAUUACCACUACCUUUUUAAAAACAUGUCUAUCUUUAUUUCCCAAACGCAAUUCAAUUCAACACAAUCACAACCGCUUUGUCUUUUAAUCAUUUGAAUCAUCUUUUAACACACCUAACAAACACUUUGUACUUACACCUUUGACAUAGGCCAGGCCCUGGUGUUACCUCAUAUCCCAGUGAUAAUGCCUUCCAUUACGCCUGGGAAGAAAAUUAUUCUCAAUCAUUGGCUCAACUUACCCAAAGGCAAACAUUUGGACUAUAUUAGCCCACACUGCUACAAGGAUGCACUUUCAUGCUAGGUUUAGGACUUCAUAUUGAAGCAUAUAGAGACCCCAACGGAUGUAUAGAGCAAUCAUUAAAUGAUCUACUUUGGUUUAAAUACAAGCGUCAUGGAACUUCUAACACAAUAAAUCCAUUUGACUUGGUGAAAAUCUGUUUUUUGUACCUAACUUGCUUACCUCUUUUUCCAUGUGUUUUUUUUCUUUCAGACUAAAUAUUUGGUCAAAUUAUUAAUUUUGUGUAUGUUUUCCUAGAAACAAGGGUGGCUCAACUUACCCCACUCUCGCCUAUGAUGCGUCAAACAUGCAUACAUACUUAUACACACGGGCAAACACUUUUGAGCCACAUAUGGACACACACAUACUAUAUAAAUACACACACACAGCUCAUACACAUACUCAGUUUUCCCCUGCUGGUAGUGUGAGGGCUGUGGUUAUUAUGGUCCAUUGGGAAGAGCUGACUGUCUCCCAAAUGGUUAUUGUGGUCACCGAGUGGUCCUCACAUCCUAGCAGGCAUAAACUAUUCUCUCCCAAAGAACAUGUGGUCCUGUUUUUGGUCAGAAAUUAAGGAGAGAAAAGAGGAAAAACAGACUAAAUCCUUGACAAAUUGUUCACACAGCACAGCCACCAAUGAUUUCCUGGUUCUAUUUGCUGUAGGCCUGUGAGAUUAAUGAUAAUUAUAUGUCAAACAGUCACUAAUUCCUCAUGAGUGUUGGUAAACAUCUGACACCCUCUCUGUUUCCUAGUUUAUCUCUUUCUUUCUUUCUUUCUUUCUUUCUUUCUUUCUUUCUUUCUUUCUUUCUUUCUUUCUUUCUUUCUUUCUUUCUUUCUUUCUUUCUUUCUUUCUUUCUUUCUUUCUUUCUUUCUUUCUUUCUUUCUUUCUUUCUUUCUUUCUUUCUUUCUUUCUUUCUUUCUUUCUUUCUUUCUUUCUUUCUCGUAUAUUUGAGUUUAACCAUAUAAUUUGUUCUAGCUUUUCUGGAGGAUAAAACUUAAAUUGUAACCAGCUUUGUAUGGCUUGUUUAAGAAAGGGCGAUACUUGAAACAAAAUUUCAUUUUCAAUUAGUUGGAAAUUAGAAGUUGUAAUCUGUAUGAAGGCAAAAAGUCAAUUUCUGGACAAAGGAUGAGCUUUUCUUAAUAAUCUACUGGAGAACCAUUUUGGGUUUAAGUAUAAUUUAUGUAUGAGUGAAGCUUUUAGUGAGAGGUUUAAAGCUUUAAUAUUUAACAAUUUUAGCCCCCCAAACUCAUAUUCAUUAUAUAAAUAGGGACAUUUAAUUUUGUCUGGCUUAGCAUUCCAAAUAAAAUGAAAUAUUUUUUGCUCAUAUGAUUUAAAAAACGAGUCGUCUGGAGUAGGCAGCGCCAUUAGUAAGUAAGUAAACUGUGAUAAGACCAAAGAGUUAAUCAAUGUGAUUUUUCCAGAAAUAGACAAGUAUUUACCUCUCCAUGGUUGCAGAAUUGUAUCUAUUUUUGCAAACUUUCCAAUUGAAAUUGAUUGUGGUAUAUUCAUUUCUAUUUUUUUAGAUAUGAAGACCAAGUAUGUCUACUUCACCAUCCGCCCAUUUUAUGGGUAAACUACAAGGUAGUGUAAACACUGUCUUUUAACGAUCCAAUACGUAAUAUGGUACACUUGUCAUAAUUAGGUUUUAGUCCAGAGAGGCUAGAAAAGUGAUCAAGAUCUUCAAUGAGACUGUGCAGGGAUCCAGAUUGCGGACUUAAGAAUAAACUUGAGUCAUCGGCAUACAUUGACACUUUUGUUUUUAUCCCCUGGAUUUCUAAACCCUUGAUGUUCUUGUUGAAUCUAAUUUUAAUAGCUAGCAUUUCAAUGGCCAUAAUAAAUAGAUAUGGAGACAACGGACAGCCUUGUUUUACUCCUCUUAAAAGCUCAAUACUUUCUGAGAAGUAACCAUUAUUUACUAUUUUACAUCUGAGGUUGCUGUACAUAACUUUAACCCAUUGUAUAAGAGAUUUACCAAAAUUAAAGUAAUCCAGGCAUUUAUAUAUAAAUUCUAUUCGUACUUUAUCAAACGCCUUUUCAAAAUCUGCUAUGAAGACCAGGCCUGGUAUCUUUGCGGUUUCAUAAUGUUAAAUUGUUUCAAGUAAUUGUCGUAUAUUAUCUCCAAUAUAUCGUCCAUGUAAAAAACCUGUCUGAUCAGGAUGAACAAUAUUUGGUAAAACCUUUUUUAAUUCUAUGUGCUAUGCAUUUCGCCAGGAUUUUUGCAUCACAACAUUGAAGUGUAAGAGGCGUCCAGUUUUUUUUUUUAAAUGGACUGGAUCUUUAUACUUACCACAUGGGUCCUGUUUUAGUAGUAAUGAAAUCAGACCUUCUUGUAGAGUACCUGAAAGUCUAAAAUGUUUAUAGGAGUAAUUCAAACAUGCUAACAAUGGAUAUUUGAGUACAUCAAUAUAUACCUCUACUGGUAUACCAUCAAGCCCUGGUGUUUUUCCAGACUGAAAAUAUUUAAUUGCCUCAAAAAGUUCCUCUUCUAUAAGUUGGCCUUCACACAGGUCUUUCUGUAAACGUGUUAAUUAUAAUUAUAAUUAUAAUAAUAAUAAUUAUUAUUAGGAAAUAAAUCCUUACAGUUAACAUCAUUCAGUGGAAAUGGAAGAGACUGAAAAGAAAAGAUAUGCUUAAAAUAUUUUGCUUCCUCUUUCAAAAUAUAAUUUGGUAAAUCAUGCAUGACUCCAUCAUUUGUAACGAGUUUCUGUAAAUUAUUUCUGGUAGCAUUUCUAUGUUGAAGAUUCAAGAAAAUUUGCAUUUUUCACAAUUUUCCAUCCAAUUCGCUUUAUUUUUGUUUGAUCGUUCUUGAAUAAGUACCUCCAAUUCUUUUUGUUUUUCCUCUAACCUAUUUUGUGCUUCUAUAGUACAGUUUCCAUUACCAUCUACCUGCACUGUUAUUUCCUCUAUUUCCUUUAUUAGUCUAAUCUCUUUUGACCUAAACUGCUUUUGUUUUAAUGAUGAGUAUUGUAUUGAAUGGCUUCUAAAAGUACAUGUAAAAGUGUCCCAUACAAUAAGGGGAUCUGCUGUACCUAUGUUGUGCAGAAAAAAGUCAAUUAUGAAUUAUUUUGUCUUAGUUAAGAACAAAUUGUCAUCCAAAAUUGCCGUCCACGUGGAAAUUCUGUAAGAAUUAUAUGGAGGCCAAUUAGAUGGUGGGCCGAUCGCAUUCGGUCUCCUAUUAUUUAAAUGUUUUACUUUUGAUGCCAGCACAAGGAGUUGCUACAGCGGGAUGAGCCAAGUAAAGCCCCCCCCGUCCAAACCCUCCCCUAACCCGGACAACGCUGGGCCAAUUGUGCGCCACCCUAUGGGACUCCCGAUCACGGCCGGUUGUGAUACAGCCCGGGAUCGAACCCGGGUCUGUAGUGACGCCUCUAGCACUGCAAUGUAGUGCCUUAGACCGCUGCGCCACUUGGGAGGCCUGUAUUAUUUAUUUUACAGUCUUUUUUUGCUAAUCUAUAUCAAGAGUGCCAAUAAUUUUGGAGGUGACUGUAAUGCACAUUAGAUAUAUAAAUCAUCAUCAUUGUAAUUAAUGUAGUCUGUUUUGACUCAGAGCCUAAAGGGAUUCACAAACCCCAUCCUAUUAGUCCAUUUCAUCCACCAGCCACCAGUCAGGAGUGGUUACUCUCAGACGUGCUAGAGGCUGAGUUGGGACAGGGUGUAUGGACGAUUGGAAUGCUGCUGACACACAUCACACAUCCAACCCUGUGACCCCAACCCAUCAUACUCCUACACACAGCAGUAUCACCUUGCACUGGGAUGAAAGGAGGACGAAGGGUGUACGUGUGUGCCAUUUUUUUUUCAAGCAUACAAUAUAGCUCAGUAUUUGUAUGACUUAUUUUAUACAGUCUUUUUUACUAAUCUUUAUCAAGGGUGCCAAUAAUUUAGGAGGUGACUGUAUAUGAGUGGAAGGUGAACUACAGUAAGCUCCCUCUCUCUGUCCUAUAGGACAUCCCAUUUGGAUGGAGUUUCAGAGGCUCUUAGAACCCCUUCCUCCCUGUAUCCCCUCUCUUCCUCUUUCAUCCCUCCAUUCCUCUCAUCCUUCAUGUGAUGGAGUCUUCUCAGCAUCCUGCCUGUGCAGAUAGACCAUUUGAUCUGUCUGUGUGACUUAAGACCUCUGUCUAUCUGUGUUAUGAUGAUUUGAUUGGAUUAAUACAUGUCUCACUAUAUCAACAAAGACAGGGCUAGUACCUCAGCGCUCUCUCUCGCUCUCUCUCUCACUCUCACUCUCACACUCACACUCACACUCACACAACUCAACUUACUCCUGCUCUUGGCUCCCUGUACUAUAAGGCUGCUACAAGCUCAUGCUAUGCCAGAGGGACUUUGGCAAGUGAUAGCAUCUCUCCCUUGAUGUACAGUUUGAAAUGAUUAUAUUUCCACAGCAUUUGAUUGGCAUUUUUGUGCAUGAAUGUGACAUGCAGACAUAACCAAAUUGCAGUGCCUGUCUAGCACAGCAAAUUGUUUUUUAAAGUUUGAUCUGAAACACAACUUUUCUUUGUUCCUCCUGAUCCGCUUGGCUUAGCGAGAAUUAAUUAAUUUGCCGUUUAGAAGUGAAAUAAUCUAAUUGUCACAUGCGCGCACACACACACACACACACACACACACACACACACACACACACACACACACACACACACACACACACACACACACACACGCUCUGAGCGAUUGUGGCAGAGUAUAUAAGGAAGACUUGAGCCAGUCCGGGUGGUCUGGGGGAUAACAACGUUAGAGGCUUAAUGCUUUCCUUCUGUUCUGAAGUCAGUGUGAGAAACACCCAGAGACUGGAGUCUCUACAAACCACAAGUGUGCUCUCACAACUCUGUGCUUCACCACACACACAUACUCAGAUGUGCACACACACACUGACACACACACAUUCAUGCUCAGACAUACAUUUACAAAUCAGGCAAACAGUUUCACGCCACCACCACCCCCUCCUGUGAGCCAUACUGUGGAAACCAUUAAGGGAUCAGAGGAGAGAGUGGCAAGGUGGCAGAGGAGAGGAAUUAUUUUGAUGCCAGAGCUCAUUCCCAUUUCCUCCAUUCUCUCCCUGUCCCCACUCUCUCUAACAUCACCAUCCAGCCCCUCUCUUCAUUUCUUUUUAAACACAGGUUAGGGACUUUCCAUAUCAAUGUGACCUGAAUGCAUCAACCUGUCAACUACACCAACUGAGGCACAGCAGUGAGAAAAGGGCUUUCAAGGUUCUGCAAUAUGUCCGCCAUAUUGAGGAGGUUUUUGGCUCUUGCUUGAUGUUGCUCUUAUAAAAUGGAUGAUUUAAAGAGGGGAUGUCAUGCGGACGGUGACGGAAUGUAUUUAGUGUCAAACAUACAAAACCUUGAUUUAAAUUGCAUUGGACAAAGCCUUAUGUCGUGUUUUGGGAAUAACGAGUGCUAACGAGGGCUAAUUGGUGAGAGCGUCUGGUGUAGUCGUUAGCAGUGUGACCCCAGGGCAAACCCAGUAUAAACUCCCUCUCCAUACCACAAGUCCCCACAUUUAUGUGUUCCAUCCAUAGGAAAGGAAAUCCAUAGUAUUAUGUUCUUACUGAGGGAUAUUUCAGAUGUGGUUGCUCAGAGUUGCACAACACAUGCGCUGUGCAAAACAGUGUUUCAACUGAGGAUUUGUCGACGUGUGUAGAGCUCUGAAAGUCCAAUAUGUGGUUCUCUGCUUUGUGCAGUGUUGUAUUUUGUCUUCUCCUGUUGUGUGCUGUUCUGAUGUGCCUUUGUAUUUGACAUUUUAUCUGAGGUGAUGGUGUUUUCGUUGACCUCCGACACAGGUCUCUCUGCUCUGCAACCUGCCCUGAACAUCUGUCAGCCAUGCAUGUCACUGACAACCACGCUAACAAUUACUAUCUCAUCUGCUCCCCUCUUCCGCUAAAAUUAUAGUCGCUCACGCUCUUCCUCCGUGGGUCAGAGAGAAAGCGAGAACAAGAGAGAGAGAUAGUGUCACUCAUCCUAUGUGGAGGGGCAGGAGAAUAGGACCUCCAUUGAUACAGCGUGUGGGGCUUUUGAAGUGCUAUCAUGUGAAGGCUCAGGGCUUCAGUGUUCAUAUCAGCAGGCUGUCUGGCUGUCUGUCUGAUGCUGCCUGGUUAUCUAGCUAUGUUGAUAGCUACAGGUGGGAAUGGGAAACUCGCUGAGGGUUGAUCUCAAUAGUCUAAAGUAGAUUCCUUUGUUGUAUCCUAUCUUCAAUCUGUAUUGACUUUACAUAGCUGGUGUGCAAUUCCCAGCCAUGCCUCACUUAUGAGGAUGUGGAAAAACUCACCCGUGAGAAAGUCCAACCAGGAGCACUUGCUGUUACUAUAGAAGGAGGACUGCCCUCCCACACAUGGUUUAUAUCUUUAUAUGUCCACUGUUAUGGCUGGACACAUGUUCAGUUUAUUCAAUUUCCGUCUCAUUCAACCUUCCCUACUUCUCCUCCACUUCCCAUCCAUCCACACAGGCGAGAUCGCAGCUCUGUCCCAGUUUCUCAACUCUGGUCCCCACACCUAUCCGUAUCCCAUCUCAUAGAGGGAAACUAAGCAUUGAUUUCCUAGUGUUGUUGUCAUGGGGGGCUUGGUGGGAGUCUGGCUCUUUGAUGUACUGCAGCUGUGAAUUCCACCGAGGACCAGUCCCAGAGCUGAGCCACAGAAGCUGGCUCUGUUACCACCCCCCCCCCCCCCCCCCCACCCCUCUCCUCCCUCGCUCAGCCCAGGAGUGUGCCACUUCACUCAGACAAUGGCUGACUUUAUGCGCCCCGCCGUGUUAUCAUACGGGAGCGGAGGGAGGGAGGGAGGAGACGGAGGGAAGAGGGGGAGACGGGUCUUCUCAUUAAAACUCCUGUUGGUCCCCCUCAGUCCAAUAAAAAUAAUCGCUGCUGCUGCGUUUGAUCUGGUUUGAUCAGUCAGAGAGGAUGACAGGCGAUAGACAUUCUAAGAAACAUUCAUUAAAUGAUUUGAUCCUUUUAUCUUUUAGGGGGGAAAUAACUUUGUUGGGUUAGAGGACACCCCCCCCCCCCCCCCCCCCCCCCCCUUGCCCCCUGUUGCCCUGUGUAUGUUGAAACCCUCCGCUCGGUCUCUACCACUUGUCUUUCUAGCUUCUCUCUCUCUCUGUGUGUGUGUGUGUGUGUGUGUGUGUGUGUGUGUGUGUGUGUGUGUCAGGGCUGUGUCUCCUAGCCAUUGACAGGGCCAGUCUGGGUGGGAUGAUUGAGGGGUCUGUGAUUCAGGGUCAUCCCCUCAUAGUCCCCUACAGCUGCUCUAAUCUAUCAGUCUGCACAGAGAGGAGAAGAAACAGAGAGAGAUUUGAAGCAACUAGAGGUACCUACUACCUCACAUAUGCACACACACACACACACACACACACACACACACACACACACACACACACACACACACACACACACACCCAGGCAGGCAGUAGGUUGUCUGGUCCAGUCCAUGAAGAUCAUAGUGGUAAUGGCCAUAGUGGUGACCAGGGGCACAUGGAGGUCCAAAGAGCAAGAUUUAUGUAAUCUUGGCAACGCCCACAUUCCAACUGUCCUGACUCAAUUUAACCGCUCCUCCAACUCUCCCAGCACCUGUCUGAGGGAAUAUUGCUCACCUGGCAACCAUAAAACAGAGACGCUCAGAUUUAGGAUUCCCGAGACCGGAACUUUCCUAACGUCAUCCUCCAGGAACGAACAGAACCCUCUGUCUUCCCUCUUCUCUCACCCCUCUGUUUCUCUCUCUCUCUCUCUCUCUCUCUCUCUCUCUCUCUCUCUCUCUCUCUCUCUCUCUCUCUCUCUCCCCCCAUCACUCUCACUAUUUCUCUUCCCCCUGUUUCCUCUUUGGAUCAAUGCAUGGGCUUCCUUGCUGUUACACGGUUAAAUGCUGUUUUUUUAUUUUAUGAGGAUGGUUGUCAAGGUUGUCAUGAGGGCAUGACAGAUCUCCGGUAAUGAAUGAGCAGUUAGGCUUAACGGUGUCCCUCCUGGAGCGCUGUUAUUCCCAGCGGUGUUCCUGGCUCAGGGAAAUGGAAACGUCGUCUGAAGAGAAGCGAGGACAGCUCACAGUGGAGGGAAACCAUAAUGUUAAGAUGUGUGGAUUGUGUUGGCAGGGAGAGUGAUUUGUACAGUUUAACGCACAUUAUCACAUAAGAAAACACACUUGAGUUUUAAGGCACAUUAACAAGCAUAUAAACACACAUGCAUGUGGGCACACACACACACACACACACACAGAGAGUAGGCUAUCGCAGGAUUGGUUUUCCAGUUGUGCUAUGUGUUUGUUGAUGUUUGAUUAUACAGUAGUUCUAGAGGUCACUUGCACAUUAGCUGACAUAAUGCUCACAGACUCUCAAUCUUCACUUCAUACCCUCUUCCCUUAGCGUCUAGCCUCUUGUUCAGCAUCCAUCUCUCUCUCUCUUUCUGCUAACCCCCUUUCUCUCCAUCUGACUCCCCCUUGUUUCUCUCGGAUUCUGUAUGCCUCUCUCUCUCAUUCACACUGAGCACACACACCUCUGCAUAUGUUCCUGUAUGUCUCUUUUUCCUCAUUAGGCAUUGUGUCUGGGUGGUAUUGUAAACUGGUAAUGAGUUGUGUAUAAUUGUUCUGAUCAGAGGGCGGAUGUGUGGGCGUUCCGCUGCCAGAACCCACUGUUCUCCUCCUUGUUCUCCCCUGCCGUUCCCCCUUUUCACCCCUCGGAGCCGAGUCCAGCCGGCGCGGGGUUCUGCGGUUCCUCCAAAGGCCCUAUAAAUCAUGUUAUAAAUCGGUUAUUGUUUUGUUUGUGUGUGUUCUAUCCAACCCAAAUGUAAAUGGAGCCCAUGACAACCUAAUUUAACCAGUUAAUAACUUAUGUAUGAAUUAUCUCACUUUUACUAGCCAAAACCUGUAGCUCUCGUUACUAUGAACAUACACAAGCUCCAAUAUCUAUAUCAUGUACACAAAUUAAUAAAAAUUGCAAACUAAAUGUUUUAUCACAAAAAAUAACAGUAGACAUUUCAGAGCUUUUGGUUAUAAUGGAAUAUCUGAGGUCUUAGACAGAGAUGGAAUGUUCAGGCCAGCGCUUACCAAGAAAGGCCUCCCUCUUACCAAAGUGUAAACGUCGCUCUUUUGCUUUUAAACGUCGCUAUGGUAAUGCCAAGUAUGUCCAAUGUGGCGGUGUGGACUGUGGAAUACUGUUCAGCAGCAGGUCCUGGCAAUCACACCGAGGAUCCCUCCAAUCCUCCACAAGUCUCUGUUUCCACCUUUAAUCACCACUAAAUCAGUGUAGUAAGUCAACCUUAUGGGAAAUAAUCAUCACUCAAUCAGUGUAGUAACUCCACCUUAUGGGAAAUAUUUCCCAUAUACACUCAGGUAGACGACUCUGAGUCUUACGAUACAUUUAGUGCAGAUCUGGAAACAUUGAUUUGGAACGGUAAAUACAUAUACAGUGAGGGGGAAAAAAGUAUUUGAUCCCCUGCUGAUUUUGUACAUUUGCCCACUGACAAAGACAUGAUCAGUCUAUAAUUUUAAUGGUAGGUUUAUUUGAACAGUGAGAGACAGAAUAACAACAAAGAAAUCCAGAAAAACGCAUGUCAAAAAUGUUAUAAAUUGAUUUGCAUUUUAAUGAGGGAAAUAAGUAUUUGACCCCUCUGCAAAACAUGACUUAGUACUUGGUUGCAAAACCCUUGUUGGCAAUCACAGAGGUCAGACGUUUCUUGUAGUUGGCCACCAGGUUUGCACACAUCUCAGGAGGGAUUUUGUCCCACUCCUCUUUGCAGAUCUUCUCCAAGUCAUUAAGGUUUCGAGGCUGACGUUUGGCAACUCGAACCUUCAGCUCCCAGAUUUUCUAUGGGAUUAAGGUCUGGAGACUGGCUAGGCCACUCCAGGACCUUAAUGUGCUUCUUCUUGAGCCACUCCUUUGUUGCCUUGGCCGUGUGUUUUGGGUCAUUGUCAUGCUGGAAUACCCAUCCAUGACCUAUUUUCAAUGCCCUGGCUGAGGGAAGGAGGUUUUCACCCAAGAUUUGACGGUCCAAAGCAUAAUGUUUCCACCUCCAUGUUUGACGGUGGGGAUGGUGUUCUUGGGGUCAUAGGCAGCAUUCCUCCUCCUCCAAACACGGCGAGUUGAGUUGAUGCCAAAGAGCUCCAUUUUGGUCUCAUCUGACCACAACACUUUCACCCAGUUCUCCUCUGAAUCAUUCAGAUGUUCAUUGGCAAACUUCAGAUAGGCCUGUAUAUGUGCUUUCUUGAGCAGGGGGACCUUUCGGGCGCUGCAGGAUUUCAGUCCUUCACGGUGUAGUGUUUUACCAAUUGUUUUCUUGGUGACUAUGGUCCCAGCUGCCUUGAUCAUUGACAAGAUCCUCCCGCGUAGUUCUGGGCUGAUUCCUCACCGUUCUCAUGAUCAUUGCAACUCCACGAGGUGAGAUCUUGCAUGGAGCCCCAGACCAAGGGAGAUUGACAGUUAUUUUGUGUUUCUUCCAUUUGCGAAUAAUCGCACCAACUGUUGUCACCUUCUCACCAAGCUGCUUGGUGAUGGUCUUGUAGCCCAUUCCAGCCUUGUGUAGGUCUACAAUCUUGUCCCUGACAUCCUUGGAGAGCUCUUUGGUCUUGGCCAUGGUGGAGAGUUUGGAAUCUGAUUGAUUGAUUGCUUUUGUGGACAGGUGUCUUUUAUACAGGCUAAGAGUGUGCUCCUAAUCUCAGCUCGUUACUUGUAUAAAAGAGACCUGGGAGCCAGAAAUCUUUCUGAUUGAGAGGGGGUCAAAUACUUCUUUCCCUCAUUAAAAUGCAAAUAAAUUUAUAACAUUUUUGACAUGCAUUUUUCUGUAUUUUUUUGUUGUUAUUCUGUCUCUCACUGUUCAAAUAAACCUACCAUUAAAAUUAUAGACUGAUCUUUUCUUUGUCAGUGGGCAAACUUACAAAAUCAGCAGGGGAUCAAAUACUUUUUUCCCUCACUGUAAUCCUACUGCUAUUAAACCUUUAGAGAUGUGGUUGGGACUUUUUCCGGCUGUUGGCAUGAAUAACGGGCUCUGUUAAAGAGAAAAGGGGGUGUAUGAUCUAGUAAAUUCAGCUCUACGCUCACUCCCAAUCAGGGGUUUAAUUUAAGUGAUUCCUGCCCCUGCGUCUCUCGUUUGCGGUCGCGGCAGCCCAAUUAUGGGUGCAUGUCGCAUUAACUGUACCAUUAUCCACCGAAUAUUCCACCAGUCACUGUUCAUUUGGCUCUCCAGCCAUGGCGACGCACCGAUUUUAAUGUCAUUCUCUGAGUUUGGGCUGUCUACUACUGACUGACUGGCUCACUAAGACUCUGGGCUUACCAAGACUUCUCUCUCACUUUAGUCCUCUUUCUCUCUGUCUUUGUUCCUGUGACUUUGUUCCUGUUUCUCCAUCUUGAUGUCUGUCUCUCUGUUCCUGUCUUUGUCUCUCUGUGUCUUUCUCUGCACGCUCCUAACAACAACAAAGCUUGCAAUGGCCUGCCCAUAAGAACUGGACUGCGUAACCUUCCAUUGGCCAGAUCUGAGUCCCAAAGAAUCACUACAAUACCAUAUGCAGUUUAAUACUUGACACAAACAAACCCUUGUUGAACCUCUGGGGUUGGGUUGGGAUGACUCAGUCCUGGCCUGGACUCUUGUUAUAGGUUUCUCAGGUUCUCCAGUUUUGGUCCACACUACAGUGGAAGUAUAGCUCUACCAAUACUCCAUUUCACUUAGUACGGGCUAGUGCUUGUGUCAAACGCUCAUGUUAGCUUUAGCUACUCAUCCUCUGAUGAGCUUUACACAGUCAUAGGGAACGGUUAUCUCAGCCUGCGGUCUCCAGAGGUCACUCUGUUGGCAGGUUACAUCAUGGUGGUUGUUGUUGUGAAUGUAGAGGAAGGACUGUAUGGUUAA